GCGGAGCGGAGCGGGGCCGAGGGCGCGGGGCGUGGGGCGGGGGAUCGCAGCACGGAGGCGGAGCCGGGCGGCGGCCAGGGGCGGGCAGGGGCCGGCUCCCCCGCCUCGGCUUCCCCGCGGCUGCCCCGCAGCCUUCCCCCGCGGGCCGCCCCCCGCAGCCGGGCCGGGCAGGGCAUGGCCGCCGCGCACGUCUCCGCCGCGCCCGCCCAGCGCCGCGGCUGGGGAGCACGGAGCCGGCCCGGCCCCGCGGAAAGCGAGCGCGGGGAGGCCGCGGAGCAGAGCGGCGACUGGCGGCAGCCCCAGCCCGAGCCCGAGCCGGAGGCGGACGAGAGGCGGCGGGCAGCGGCGGCGGCGGUGGAAGCCCCGGCGCCCAAGGAGAACGCGUGGACGAGGCGCAGGGCGGCGCGGGACGGCGGGGACACGGACACGGCCGAGACCGCCGGCCUGCGGGACCCAGAACUAGAAAAUUCCACGAAAGUUAUAAAGGCAGCAAAACCCAGGACAAGGAAAUACAGCAAGACUGGUGACUUCGGUGAUAUCACAAACUGGCCAACACCAAGUGAAAUAGCAAAUAAUGAAUGUAAGACUGUAAGUCACAACAAGAAGCCAACAAAUAGAAAAGACAAGGAGGAGAAAUCUGAUCAAAAAGGCAAUAAUGGAACCAAGGACAACCUGGAGGCAAAGCCAGAAGUUCCAGGAGAUAACAUCAGCGAAGAUGAAAGUCAAACUAAUAAUCAAAGGAAAAAAGGUAACAAGCAGAAAUGGCUGCCACUUCACUUGGAUGAUGUACGGUCAGAUAGUCAAGAAAGACCAGGCUCUCGAAGUAGCUCAAGAUCUCAGCUGGAAACAAACAAGUUAAUACCUCAUAACAACAGACGGAAUGAGACAAGAAAUUGGCGUCGUGAUAGAGAAAGGAGAGACGAUCACGAUGAAGUGUGCAGCGUGAGAAGUGAGGGUGGCAGCGUUCGAGGAUUCUCCAGAGGCAGAGGAAGAGGUAGAGGCAGAGGAAGAGGACGAGGCAGAGGAAACCCUAGAAUGAACGUUGAAUAUUACUCAACUGGUUAUCAAGAACUGUAUGGUGAAAGAACUGACCAAGCAUUUCAACCUGAGCUUAAUGCUAGUAUGAUGUAUUACUACGAUGAUGGAACAGGAGUGCAGAUGUAUUCUGUGGAUGAAACGCUUCUCAAAGAAUAUAUAAAACGUCAAAUUGAGUAUUAUUUCAGCACAGAAAACUUGGAAAGAGACUUCUUUCUGAGGAGAAAGAUGGACCAACAAGGAUUUCUGCCUGUUUCAUUGAUUGCUAGCUUCCACCGGGUGCAAGCUCUGACUACAAAUGCUAUGCUUAUUUUGGAGGCCCUGAAGGACAGCACAGAAGUUGAAACGGUGGAUCAGAGGAUACGAAAAAGGGUUGAUCCAGAGAAGUGGCCAAUUCCAGGUCCUCCUCCAUGCAGUCUGCCACGGACGGACUUCUCUCAGCUCAUCAAUUGUCCAGAAUUCAUACCAGGACAAGUUUUUGGCUCUCAUACUGAGUCUGCACCAAGUUCUCCAAGAAUAGGAAGCUCGCUGAGUCCAAAGGAAAACACUGAAACAAAUAAUUUUCAGAUGAUGUCUAAAGGAUUGUCUGCAAGUUUGCCUGAUUUGGACUCUGAACCUUGGAUAGAAGUGAAGAAGAGGCAUCGUACAUCCACAGUCAAAGUAAAGGAAUGUGUUCCUGUACCUGAUCAAAUGUCAGAUCAACAACAGCCACCCCUACCUUCAGAGGAACAAGAACAAGAAGAACUUGAUUUUUUGUUUGAUGAAGAGAUGGAACAGCUUCAAGGUUGUAAGAAUAAACUCACUGAUUGGUCAGACAGCGAUUCAGAUUAUGAAAUUGAUGAUCAGGACGUAAACAAGAUUUUGAUUGUAACACAGACGCCACCAUAUAUGAGAAAACAUUGUGGUGAAGAUCGUACUGGCAACCAUGUAUGUCAUGCAAAAAUUACAUCAGAACUUGCUAAAGUUAUUAAUGAUGGCUUAUACUAUUACGAACAAGACUUGUGGAUGGAGCAGAGUGAAAAUGACACUACAAUGAAGCAAGAGAUUGAGAACUUUAAGAAGCUAAAUCUCAUUAGUAAGGAAGAGUUUGAUAAUCUUGCACCAGAACCAAUCACUGAUCCAACUGAGGAAAUUCCUCCAGGGUCUUCAGGGUUAGAGAAAGUAGAGGAGCUGGCUUGUAAUUCGGUCGGUAUUGAAGCACCUCCAACAGCGGCGAUGGCUCGAUCACUGCCAACAGUAGUUCCAGAAUCUCCCCGUGUUCACCCUGGCUUCACUCCACGAACCCCUCGCACCCCGAGGCUACAGGAUCCCAACAAAACACCCAGGUUCUACCCUGUUGUUAAAGAAGCACAGUCCAUUGAUGUAAAGACUCCAAGAAAAAGAAAAACACGACACAGUACAAAUCCUCCCUUAGAAUGCCAUGUUGGUUGGGUGAUGGAUUCCAGAGACCAUAGGCCAAGAACUUCCUCUGUGAGCAGUUCCAGUGCUUCACCCUCAGAAGGAGCUCCACUCGCAGGAGGUUACGGGUGUACUCCAAAUUCUCUUCCAAAAUUUCAGCAUCCUUCUCACGAACUGUUAAAGGAAAAUGGCUUUACACAACAGGUGUACCACAAAUACCAUCGGAGAUGUCUAAUGGAGAGGAAACGGUUGGGAAUUGGCCAGUCCCAAGAAAUGAACACACUUUUUCGUUUCUGGUCCUUUUUUCUGAGAGAUCACUUUAACAAGAAAAUGUAUGAAGAAUUCAGACAACUCGCUCUAGAUGAUGCAAAAGAACACUACAGGUACGGAUUGGAAUGCUUGUUUCGAUUUUACAGCUAUGGCUUGGAAAAGAAAUUCAGGCAAGAAAUAUUCAAGGACUUCCAAGAAGAAACAAAGAGGGACUAUGAAGCUGGUCAGCUUUAUGGACUGGAAAAAUUUUGGGCUUACCUAAAAUACUCUCAGCACAAAACACCAGCCAUUGACCCCAAACUGCAAGAGUAUCUUAGUAAAUUUAGAAGACUGGAGGACUUCAGAGUGGAUCCUCCUAUUAGUGAAGAGCCCGGCAAGAGGAGACCGUUUGCUGCAACAGGUGAGGAUUCAGGUCAUCGGAGACAACUGUCUAAUUCUUCUAAAACACUUCUUGCGGCUCAUCCCACAGCUGCCAGUCAGUCCCAGGCACUGGAAGACGUUACCGGUGGGAAUACUGCACAAGCGCACAUAGUAGGUCAUAAUAAUGCUGCCACAAAAUUGAUAGAAAGCGAUGUACCAGAAAAAUAGACUAAGACUUGCGCCCUUGAGAAUCAACUUUUACAUCGCUAUUUCAAUUUGGAGAUCUCCAAGGCGAACCAAUCUAAUAUGUGAUUAAAAGUGUAUGGGAAGACAAAAGUUUGCAUUUUCUUUUUCAGAGGAUUAAUUUCCAAAAUGCUUACCCUAGGAGAGUCGUUCUUGGUUUUGGAAUCAUCAGGAAGGUCCUAGGGAAGAUUCUUUGGCUUCAGUAUUGCUUUCCUCAAGCUUUUGUUUACAAAAAACUGCAUUCCUUGCAUAUGCAAAAAAAUACUUUGGGGAUGCCUUACAUUUCAGCUUGUAUUUCUUAAAAAAAGGUAUGAUAUAUCCAUCUUAUUUACUGUGCAUUCUUUGUCCCGAUUUUCCCAUUAUUUGUAUUUUACCAAAGCAAAAAAGAUGACAUAUGUAUAAUUUUAAAUGUAAAGAAGGAUCUAUGUGAUUGGUUUGCUCUCAAAUCUGUAACUAUAAAAAGUAUGUUUUUGUGUAAAAGCACUCAAGAAUGUGCAGCUAUAUAUGAAACUGCAUUGCUGGAUUCUAUUUAAAGACAUAGUAUCUAUUUUUUUCAGGGUCUCCAUAGUUAGUAUUAAGUAUGGAGUUUGAGUGGACAUAACUGGGAUAGUUUUGCAGAUACUUCCUUCAAUACUGGUUAUUAAUAGGCAACAGUAAAAUACAGGGAAAAAUGGAUCUGUUGAUUUCAUAGUGUUUUAAAUUAACGUACAGUAUCUGCAAUUUGUGCAGGUUGUUAAAAUAGCAAACUCCAAAUUAUUCUCAAUUGGAGAGGUAUUUUCAUCUGAAUUCUCAUAUGAUUAUAAAGUACCCUAACAGAAAAGGCGUAACUUCUUAAAGACUCUUUUUCUCUGUAUUUCAAGGAAUAAAAAUUAGUUUGGAGGGAAACGAAGUGUUCCUUGUGAACUUUUUUUUUUUUUGCUUUAUUUUGCAAUAUUUGAAUGAAGUUCUGCUUAAAUUGCGCUAGCUAAGAUUAAAUAAUUUCAAACAGGUCUAAGUACAAUUUCACUGAAUUUAAGUUAUUGAAAUACAACUUCAUUUCUGUAGCUAAAGGAUAGGGGUGGUUAUAUCCUGUAAUUUCUUACUAAUUUUUUUAUUUUGAUUUAAAAAAAAAAUCUCAAAAUUAAAUGAGUAAUUUAUUUCUUCCAAGGGUAGGUGAAAAGAACUUCAGCUUUUUGUUACUUGUUAGCUGUGAAAAAGCCUUCAGUUGAAAACUGUCUAGCACAACUGCCUUAACCCCUGAAUGUGUCCGAACAGAAUGUUCAUUCUUAUAUGCAGUUUCAUACUUGUAUCACAUCUCAGAAGUUGUUAUAAAAAGCCCGUUAUUUUUUUUUCAGUCAUUGUCUUGUGAAUCUCACGGAAAUGAAUUAUGAAUGCCUGCACUGUAAAUGCGUACGGUAGCAGUGGCUUGACCAACAGUUAACAGUUUCAAUACAAAAUUGAGCCUUUUGUUUAGUUGUUCAUUUAUAACAGGCCACUUAAGUAACAUCCUUUCAAUAUGCUGAAGUGACACAUCUCAAUCCCAUGUUCGAUCCCUGCCUCUUGCUAUCCAUGAAAAUGAUGAAAAUGUAAAUUUGGAUUGAAGUUGUAUAUAAAAGAAAUACUUAUAUUUCCUUUCACUUUUUUCAUUGGACAAUAUGCAGAUUAAGCUUUUAGUGUGUAAUUUUGUGAUAUCUUGACAAAUUUUAUAAAAACAACCCAAAAAACUCUAAUAAUGGUGUAUUAUCAAUUUAUUUAUUUUUGUUCCAAAAGUGUGGAAAAAAAAUCACCUUAAGAGAGUCUAAGGCUGUAGGCUUGCAUGCGAAUUCCUGUUGCCUCUGCUGCAUGAAGGUAUUAGGGGACUUCUCCAAGCUGAAGCAGGUUCUUAAAAUGUAAGCCAGGUUUUUUUUCCAAGUUCCAUAAUGAUUGUUCAUGUGACUAUGUAUUUUAAAAUAAAAAAACAGGAGGUGAAUGAUAAAUAUGGCUGAAGGCAAAAGGCAGUGACUAGUCCCUGUCUUGGUGAUUUCCAUAGGCAGAGUAGCUUGGUGUCCCCCUGAAGGGACACAGUCUAAGCAGCCCCAUCUGACUACGGUCAGGAAUGCUCCCUUUGGCUCCCUCCUUGCUGCCCUUGCAGAGCAAGGCAGCAUGUAAAUAGCAGCAGCAUAACUGAGCUGAGAACACAUAAAAAUUUAGAAUAAAGCCCAAAAAUAGAACUGGUUAAGCAGCUUGUUCUGCUGUAAGGUUCAACACCCUUUCUGUAACUGGCAUUCAUGUUACAGAGCCAUAGAUUUGUCUUUGGACAUGCAUACAAGUGUCCAACAUGCUUUCUGAUGCCUGGUAAAUCCAUUUAAGCUAACUUUCAAUUUGGCUGUCUUAAGACUGAGUGUAGUUAACAUUUUUUCUGCUAAAUACUUAAGUUUUAGAUCUUUCACGUGUCUAAACAUGCUUGUGUGCUUAUUACAGAAUUGUCUGUUUAUCUUCUUUGCUUUUGCUAAAAAUGACUCCAUCAAUACUUCAAAACUAUACCUUGCUUAAACUAAUUCACUAAGGUUUUUCUUUAGUCUUGCUCAAAAUACUGGAUUCUGAAGGCUUUUUAGGGAAGACAAGCCUGGAGACAGCUGUUGUUCCUCAUGGAGAACAGCUAACAUAUUUCUAAAAGGAGCAGCAGUAGCCUGUCUGCACAACUGAUGCUCUUCCUGGAGUUUAACAGGGUUAACAGGGAUUUUGGUUUCUGCAUGAGAUAACAGAACAGAAACCAGUUUGUAUUCAUGGCUGCUUUGCUUCAGGCAUCCCUGCUGUGCCGAGGUGGCAGACCACACUGGGCCCCUUUCAGACUGAGUCAGCAGUAUCUGAUGUUCUUUUACUAAGCCAUCCUCCAGCUACACUAACCCAUACCUAUAAUCAUAAAUCUGCUCUCUUCAUCCCAGAGUUUUGGAGAGAGAAAUACAGGACCGUGUAAUACUUUUACAAACUCCACUAAACACUGAAGUUAAAAAAAAGUCCUUGAACCUAACCCUGUCAUGGAAUUUACACAGCAAGCUGAGGUGGUAUUAUAUGACCCAACUAAUAACAAAACUUCAAAGUACAGCUAAAAAGCAGCAUAAUAUUUUAAAGAAAUCUAAGCAUCAAGGUUAGCAGUUUUAAGGCAAGGCUUUGGGUUAAUACCAUCAAAGCUGAUUAGUUGUGGUUUCUUUUUAAUAACAAAAAAGAGUUAAUGCCUUCAGCUACAUAAAACCAAAUUGCAGUCUUCAUACUCCCCUAAAAUGGGCAUCCAAGUCAGUCACUAGAAAGGAGCUUUUAUACUCCAACAGCAAAUGAAUGCUUGUGGUCAAGUGACAAAUACAGAACUUUACACCUCUAAAAAGGCUUACACAGUACAGUUGUAGGCUUUGCCCAGUUACCAGAAACUGUGACAGGUCAAUAAAAUAUUAUCAUCACAAAACAAGUACAGUUUGUAACCAGAAUCGGGGGCAUUACAUUUUUUCAUGAAUUUUGCAAGAAGGUCGCAUUGCUAGACUGUGUUCCAUAGAGCUCUAAAGUUGCUGCCUUCUGGAACAGUGAAAUGCACAGAAGCACAAGAAUCCCCCCAUCGAAGGGAAGACUUCUGGGCUGGGUGAGUUUUGUUUCUUCCUUUAAUUUUCACAUAAACAACCCUUAACUGGUAUUAGAACUAGCCUUGGCACACAUGGUCAAGUAAAAGCAAGUCUAAAACCCUGUCUGUAAACACCUACUAAUAAACAUUCACCUUUAACCAUAAAUUGGAAGUCUGUGGGAGGAUUUACCAGUAACAGUCAUACUUAAUUAUUUAUUUGGUUUCCGUAUUGAAUCCUUUAAGGCCAGAAGUACGUUAUUACUACUUGUAAGUAGGAAAAGGCCUAAAUUGCCAAAUCUACAACUGCAAUUGCAUCACUUCAUUCAUGGCUGAAAAAAAUGAAUCAGAUGACAGUUAUAGUAUUUUUUUUUUCCCCACAACCUAUACUUUUAUCUGUAACAUUAAAAUUGGAAAGAACCAAAACUGCAACAAGAAGAAAUUCAUAAAUGAAUUUCAGAAAUAAUUCAUAAAAAUCCUAAACAGCUUCACCCUAAAGAAAAAAAAAAGCCACCAAGCAGAAAUGGUUAGAAAGGCUAUUAUAUUCAAAGUACUAGGUCUUGGUCAAUAUUUUGUAUUAUUAUAUGCAACAAUGCAUGUGCUUCCUGGAGGGGGAAAAAAAAACAAGAACACCCACCAAUACAUGGAGAAAACAAAUAUCAAAGACUCAAAAAAAAAAAAAAAA